CCUUGUUCUCCUACAUACAUAUCAUGCCCAAGUCAAAACGGUCGCAAAUCGUAUCUCUCACAAAAGUCGCGAAAAAGACGAGGGAGCAUAAAAAUCUACUCUUGACCGAGGUACAACAAAAUGCCGAAAAAUGGAAGUACUGCUGGUUGUUUCAAGUCGGCGCGAUGCGAAAUGCACAUCUAAAAACGGUGCGAAAACUAUGGAAAGACUCUGCACGGAUAUUUUUCGGUCGAGGAGCGGUAAUGGCCAAAGCAUUGGGCACGACAGUAGAAGAAGAGCACCGAAUGGGACUCCACCGACUAGCCCAACAAAUAAAAGGCCAGGUAGGGCUGUUUUUCACAGACUCGGAACCUCAAGAAGUGACAGAGUGGUUCAACGAUUUCCAACAAGCGGAUUAUGCGCGAACGGGAAACAAGGCUACGCGGACGGUGAUACUACCUGCAGGACCUGUGAUGCGGGUGCACUCUGACCCGCCUGAACCGUUCCCACAUAACGAGGACCCGCAACUCCGGAAGCUGGGUCUUACGACAUCGAUGAAGCGGGGUGUACCGACGCUUGAAAAUCCUCAUCGAGUAUGUGAUAAAGGGAAGGUUUUGACGGGCGAGCAGGCGCAGCUACUUAAACUUCUUGGUGAGAAGAUGGUGGUGUUCAAGGUUGGGUUGUUGGCAAGGUGGGACGCUGCUAGCGGGGAGGUUGUUCAAAUCGAGGGUGGAUGCACGGAUAUAGAACGGGAAGGUGAUGAGAUCGAAGACGAGGAUGAGAUGAGCGAGUGAGUUUCAACUGAGCGCUUUACUAUGUGCACAUCUCGAUUCACUCGACUUGACUGGGCACGAGGAUGUAAAGAUUACUCUUUCAAUUACGAAGACGACGAGACGCGUAUGUGUUUAUCAAGUUCUGUCACGAAAAUAAUUGGCAAGAUUUACUGUGCCGACGGUGCUUUAGCACAACAUGUAUCAGUUUGAUAAAAGGUUACAGGAAAUGUUCCGCCUUC